CUUGCAGCGUCAUUGGUUUCCCAGGCAGCGUUAAGUUCUCGCGGGAGUGGGGAGUUGAGGUACUGGGACGCGCCUCGCUGUCACUCAGGCGCCGGCGCACUUUGCCGCCCUCAAUGUGAGAUUGGAGCGGACGCGGGAGAUUCCGAAAUUCGCCGCCAUGUCGGUGACAGUCCCCGGCUACUCUCCCAGCUUCAAGAAACCCGCAGAGACACUGCGACUCCGGCGGAAACGGGCCCGAAAUCCUGCGGAUUCUGGACCAGUAGCUGCCAUCUCCCCGGCGAGUCCUUCCGAGCUCGGGCCCCGCCGUGCCGCACUAGCGGCGGGCCUCCGCCUUCGCCCUUUCCCUUCCUCGGGGAGCAGGAGCGGAGGAGUCGCCGCGGCUUCCCUCCGGAGAAACCCCUUUGCCCGCCUGGACAAUAGCCCCCGGCCGACCGUGGGAGCCAGGCCCGUCACCGACGCUACGUGGCCGCCGACCGAACCCCAGCAGGACGCGGGGGAGCCUUAUUUAGAUUUUCAUCAAGAAAAUAAUGUGAACUGGAAAGAAGAGUUUUCUGAAAGAGCAACAGUUAAACAAUUAUCCGUGGCUCCUCAUCAACAGCAGUCCAAAUAUGAUAUUUCAUCCUCACAAAGUGUUGAGUUUCCUGUAGACUGGAGUAUUAAAACUCGCCUUAUUUUUACUUCUUCCCAAUCUUUUACUUGGGCAGAUCAUUUGAAAGCUCAGGAAGAAGCUCAAGGUUUUGUCCAACACUGCAGGGCAACAGAAGUUCAUCUUCCUGAAAAUAUACAGGAUCCACGACUCUCCCCUGAACUUCGAUGUGCAUUCCAGCAGAGUCUUAUUUAUUGGCUUCAUCCCUCUUUGCCAUGGUUACAACUUUUUCCACGUAUUGGAGCUGACAGAAAAAUAGCUGGAAAAACAAGCCCUUGGUCAAAUGAUGAAGGACUGCAACAAGUUUUAAUGAGUGAAUGGUCCAUCAGCUUCACUUCUUUGUAUAAUCUACUGAAGACAAAACUCUGCCCUUAUUUCUAUGUUUGUACUUAUCAGUUUACUGUGCUGUUUCGUGCAGCAGGGUUAGCAGGAAAUGAUGUAAUUACAGCUGUCUUGUCACCCACAACCAGGGGUUUAAGAGAAGCUAUGAAAAAUGAAGGUAUUGAAUUUUCUUUGCCUUUAAUAAAAGAAAAUGGCCAGCGGAAACAAAAGGUAUCUGAACGAAGUUUACAUGUAGAAGAGAAUGAGUGUAUGGCAGAACCAGAAGAGGAACAACUUAACAGUGAUGAAGAUGAAGAAGAAAGUUUUUCCUGGCUGGAAGAGAUGGGUGUACAGGAUAAGAUAAAGAAACCAGACAUUUCUCUCAAACUUCGAAAAGAGAAAAAUGAAGUGCAAGUGGAUCAUAGGCCUGAGUCUAUUGUCUUAGUAAAAGGAGUCAACACCUUUACAUUGCUAAACUUCUUGAUAAAUUGCAAGAGUUUAGUUGCCACCUCAGGUCCUCAGGCAGGACUUCCACCAACACUAUUAUCCCCAAUAGCUUUCAGGGGUGCCACAAUGCAAAUGCUCAAGGCCCGAACAGUAAAUGUGAAGACACCAAUAUAUUCUGGUUAUAAAGAUCAAUUUAGUUUGGAGAUUACUGGCCCCAUCAUGCCUCAUUCUCUGCAUUCUUUGACUAUGCUGCUUAAAUCUGCACAAAAAGGAUCUUUUUCUGCAGGAUUAUAUACUCAUGAACCAACAUCUAUAUUUAACACAUGUACUCAAAUGGAAAAAUUAUCAAAUAAGGAAGUGCUUGAAAAGGAGCUUGCUAAUUGUGGACUACAUCUUAAAACUCUAAGUCAACUUACCGAGUUACCAAUACUAGGAAAAUCAUCUUUACGAUUCAUGGAAAUGGAUAAUUACAUUUGUAAUUGGAGGUCUUGAAAACAAGUGGAACAGUGUUAACUGCCAACUUUUAAGAAACAUCUGCCCCAACCAUCUUAAAAAAAUAAAAAUUAAAAAAAAGCCUCUCUGUUUGAAAGUACUUAUCUCAGGUUUGAUAAGAAGGUAAUAAUAUUCCAAAUUUUGUUUGCAACAGGUUUGUGUAGCAGGAUAACCCGUGACACAUAUGUGUGACAGAAAAUGCUAAUUUCACAUGUUAAGCUGAUCAUACUCCAAAUAUGGAGAAAUCUUUUGUGGCCACAAUGUAUGUAUGUAUAUAUAUAUAUAUAUAUAGUCUGAAAACAGACUUUGAUGUGAUGACAUUCUGACAAACAACCUCAUAGUGGAUUUUGAUGCAGAUUGUAGAUACCCAAAAUGGUUUUAUGAAUUGUUUUUAUUAAACAUUGUUCUUACAUUGUUAUUUUUACCUUAGAAAAUUUAAGAAUUACUUUUUCUAUAAUUUAUGUCAAAAUAUCUGCUUGUUAGUAUAUUUUAAGCAUAGUUGAUGUGUGUUUUUUAAAUAAAAUUAUUUUCUCUUCAGUGAGUAUCAAGUGAUAGUAUGAUAUAUAUGUCAUUGCAGCUGAAAAAAUUAAAAGGAACACCACAUUUAUUCCAGAAGUUUGUAUUUGGGCCUUAAGCAGUUUGUAAAAUAAAGUUUAAAGACAGCAUAUGAGUACCACUAUAAUGCACAUAUGAAAUGAAAUUUUCUAUUAGACCCUAAAUUAACAUGAACUUAUUUUUGCAGUCAACAAAAUAGUGGCCUGGUGCUGAUUUUAUUAGAUAAGUUGGUUACAGCAUUUGCAUUAUCAUCUUGAGUCUAUCUAGUUGUAGCUGAAAUUCAAAAUGCACAUUAAA